UGGCGGGAGGAGCGCGCAUGGAAAUGGAGCGGUCGGCGCGACUGGAUCGUGUCGCGGCACCAUAAAUAUCACUCGCGAGCGCCAUCGCCUUCGAACUCUUUGCUUUUUCAAUCGCUUUCGACCGCGGCACAGAAGCUUUUAUUCAAGCUCUGGCGCUGCUGCUGCUGCUGCGAGGUACGGUUGGAUUGAUUGUUCAUUUGAUUGCUAGCUAGGGAUUGGAUACUUUCUUUGUUCGUGUUCUUGAGGUAGUUCUUUGUUGUUUUUUUUUUCUCUCCAUUUUUGAUUUAGAAUCUUUGUGUUGUUUGGUAAGCAGCGUGGGAUUGUUGCGAGAGCUAUGGCUCAUUUGAGAGAGUAUGACGAUAUCCAGUACUGGGAUAAGAGGUAUCUGGAUGAAGGAGAUGAUACUUUUGAUUGGUAUCAGCGAUUCAAAGAGCUCAAGCCUCUUUUGUGUCGUUAUAUCAAGAAAGAUUCACGCAUUUUGAUGGCUGGCUGUGGAAACGCUGUUCUCUCCGAGGAAAUGGUUUUGAAUGGAUUCAAGGAGAUCGUAAACAUCGAUUUCUCGUCGGUCGUGAUCAAGAAAAUGCAGCAAAGGCACGGCCACAUUCCUCAACUAACUUGUAUCUUCUAUCCUUGAUGUGACCAUGGAUGUGCGUAACAUGGCUGUGUUUGGGGACAACUCUUUCGAUGCCGUGAUCGACAAAGGGCUGAUGGAUUCCAUGCUGUGUGGAUCGAAUGGAUUUAUAGACGUCAGGUUCAUGCUGGAGGAGACUCGAAGGGUAUUAAAACCAGGAGGAGUCUUCAUACUGAUAACUUACGGUGAGCCACUCCUCAGGAUGCACCAUCUCAAGCACCCGGCAUUCGACUGGAAAGUUGUGCUUCACCUCACUCCCAAACCGGGUACCACAGCGUACAUCCCGGAAGCAUACGCAGGUGCGAUACCAAUGAAUGGCAACUGGGAGUGUGAUUUCUUGCUCGGGAUCUCUGACCCCGACAUUAAUUUUGUUUACGUUUGUACCAAGCCUUCGUCCUGAUCAAGUUCUCAGGAUGUUUGAGCUAAACAAAGACAGGCAUUCAUUGUCCAAGUUCACUGCAAAGUUCUAAAAAACUCCAGUCCAUUUUUUCGCU